AUGGCUGGCGAGUGUGCUGUACUUGGGUAUGGUGGGCACGGUACCGGUAGGUGCACGUCUUCGCUGGCUCGCCGCCAGAUCUGCGCGCGCGUGCAUGUCGGCGGCCCUUGUUCACUAAAGCCCGACGCUCGCUCAGCCAACAGUGAAGACGACGACUCUGAGCGCAUGUCAUCUGGGAACCCGUUCCGCGCAUCGCAGCUCUACACGCGCGACGGCCCGUCGCCAUCCUUGGCCUACACUGAUAGCGGCGUGUCUGAGGCGCAGAGGGGAAACAGUGACUAUGUGCUCGGAGACUCCGUCUCGCCCCCGCCGCCAAAGUUUAAGACAAAGAAGCAAGUCCGCAUAGUCUCUCCGACCGUCUCGAUCCCCCCGCAUCCGGAAGCAGGAGAUGAUGACCAUGCUGCCGAUGAUGUAGACGGGGCCUUUCAACAGGACGUCUAUGUAGACCGAUCAUAUCAAGACUCGUAUCAAGAUUCAUACACAGGCUCGCUGCCCUCGAUAGCUGCCAUUGGCUCCUCCACCAACGCUUCCUCGCCGCAGGGUGACUUGAAAUCCCAGAGUACGUGGGAGGGCAACAAUAUGGCUGCGAUAAGCAUAUCGCCUGCGCCAGCAGCCCAUGUGGGAAGACGGCAGAGCACACUAUCACCGACUGGUGUUCCUGCAAAUCCCUUCUCACGAACGCUGGCGUCGUUGGAGCCACAAACACAAGAGACGGCAAGCGCGGACGACGGGCGGACGGGUACGGAAAAGCAGACAACAAGCAACAAGAGGGCGACAUUAGAUGUAGAGAGCUUCAAAAACCUCCUCUUGACGGGCAAACCGACUCCGCGCCCAUCCGCCCAGUCCCCGCAAACAAGCGUCGCACCCAACACACUCAGUGCUCCGCAGUUGGAGAGCGGGAGUAGCACGGACACCUCGUCGAUAUCUCGCCAAUCGCUGUACGAGUCGGCACAGGAGACACACCAGGAAACUCCGCGGACGUCGUAUGAGAUGCCAGAGUCGGAAGAGGACGAGAGCAUGGGUCUGGUGUCGGAGGUGAAGAAGGGCAAGAAGAAACCACCACCUGCGCCCAAGCAUCGACAUGGCAAACUCGUGACGCCGAGACAGCCGCAAGUAGUCUCGUUCGAUAGCUUCAUGGCUACAGAGCCAGCGCCUGUCCCGACGCCACGAUCGAGGAACAAUUCAGACCACGCCACCAGUACAACCAAGAUCGAGUGA